AUGAGUGUUCCAAGUAAAAGUUCUGUACCAGUAAAUUCAAAUGAUUUCGAAGCAAUAAUUGACCAAUGGUUAGAUUGUGAGAGUGAUGUGGAUAUCGAUAAUAGUGACAUAGUUAUAGAAAGUGAACACGACACAAAUUCUGAAAUUUCAGAUAGCGAUACAAAUUCAGAGUAUGGUGAAUCGGAAGACACGACCGAUGGAAAAGUUAGUAAAUUUUACUAUGGAAAAAAUAAAUAUAAAUGGUCACAAAAAUCAUUUUAUAGUCGUAAUACUAGAACCUUACAACACAAUAUCGUAGUAAAUUUGCCUGGAUUACGAAAUAGUUAUCGCAAUAAUUCUAACAUAACACCUUUACAAGCGUGGUCCUAUUUUGUUGACGAUGAAAUUUUAUUUGAAAUUUUGACUUGGACAAAUAUUGAAAUUUCUAAACACAGAGAAAAAUAUCAAAUAUAUUCAAGUGAUUUGAGAGACGUUGAUAUUAUAGAACUACGAGCUUUUAUUGGCUUAUUAUUUUACUCCGCUGUGUUCAAAUCAAACCAUGAAGAUAUUUCUUCAAUAUUUGCGACUGAUGGGAGUGGAAGAGAUAUUUUUCGUUGUGUUACUAGUAAAAACCGUUUUUCUAUUUUACUUGCAUGUCUACGGUUUGAUAACCCUGACGAUAGAGAAGCCAGAAAAAUAAACGAUCCAGCAGCAGCUAUUUCUGGAAUAUUCAAUAGAUUUGUCAAUAACUGCCAAACUGUUUAUACAAUGGGUACAUGUGUAUGUGUGGAUGAAAUGUUAGUUGGAUUUCGAGGACGGUGUAAAUUCAAAAUGUAUUUACCACUCAAACCUGUGAAAUAUGGUUUAAAAAUUAUGUGUUUAGUUGACGCUAAAACCAAUUAUUUUUAUAACGGAUAUAUAUAUGUUGGAAAAGAUUCUGAUGGAAAUACUUUAGAUGAAAAUGAUAGAAAAUUUUCUAAACCUACUCAAUCUGUUUUACGUCUCACAAAGCCAAUAAAUAAAACUAAUCGUAAUAUCACUGCAGACAACUGGUUUACGUCAAUUGAACUUAUUGAAGAAUUAAAAAAGAGAGGGAAUACUUAUGUUGGUACUGUCCGGAAAAAUAAAAGAGAAAUUCCUCCCGAAUUUUUGCCUAAAAAAAAUCGUCAGAUCGGCUCGUCAUUAUUUGGUUUUACAAAAGAUAUUACUCUUGUUUCUUUUACUCCAAAAUCAAAUAAAUGUGUGAUUUUAGCAUCGUCUAUGCAUCAUAACAGCUCAAUUGAAAAUACUGGUAAACCUGAAAUAAUAGAGUUCUAUAAUUCAACAAAAGGAGGUGUAGACAGUUUAGAUCAAAAAUGUGCUAUUUAUUGUACUGGAAGGCGAACUCGGCGAUGGCCAAUGGCAAUAUUUUUACGUGUACUAGAUAUUUCGGGUGUGAAUGCUUAUAUUGUUCAUAAAACCAAUGAGAACUUUAAUGACAUUGCUAGAAUUAAUUUUAUGAAAAAAUUAGCACAUUCAUUAGUUGUACCCGAGAUGGAAAGAAGACUUCAAAAUAAGAGAAUCAAUAAAGAAAUCAAAUCAAAUAUUAGGCGCGUUUUGAAUAUACGAAAAGAUUUGUCAAGUACUCCAUUACACGAUCACCUACUAAAUCCUCGUAAGACAUGCUAUUUAUGCCCACCAAAAAAAAAAAGAAAGACAUCGUAUCCUUGCUAUUUAUGUGGACAACCCAUAUGUUUGGAAUGUUCAAAAAAAGUUUGUAAAGAAUGUAUAGGAAUCUCGGAAGAAAUUUAA